AACAUGCCCCCGCCCGAGGUGUUCCGGAACGUCUCCCCGGCCACCGUCCCCGCCCUGGAGCUCCUCCUCAUCUCCGGCUACGACAGUUCCUCAGUUCCGGAUUGGAGGAUGAAAUACGUCUUCAAAGUCCCAUCGGACGUCGACGAGCUGGUGCCAGCGCUCAGGGACCUGGUGCUCCGGGCACCCAAACAGCUCCACGUCGGGCUGCGACACUUCAACGAGCACGUCGUCGAGGAGGCGGUCGAAUGCCAGAUUUUCCUGCGGCACUCCGCAGACGAGUCCGAGUGCGCGUUGUGUGCUGAGGUGGCCGCGACUCUUGGCUCCUACCGAGGCUGGCCUGUGCCCGUCGAGAAGUGCGAGGUGUUCGAGUAGACUUGCAAAUCUUUGCAUACGUUAUUGCUAUAUUUUUUU